GCGUGCGCCCUCGGCGCCGAUCAAUACGCGAGGCCUUGAGAUUUGGGUCACUCGGGAGGCCACUCGGAAAGUCAGGUCCGACCAUGAUUGACCCCAGCUCGUCCGAGGAGGAAAGCGACGACGAGAAGCACCACCAGGACAAAGAGCCGACGCACCACCGCCAGCACCACCAGGAGUUGCGUCACCAGCCGCAGGUCGAGCGACCCUCCGCCGGACAUGUCAGCCGUAUUGCGUCACCGGCAGUUUCGACCUCUCACCACCACCAACAGGACUCCCUCAAUGUCAGCGCGGGGAGCUCCAGGGGGUCUUCGUUGCCCCGACCAACAAGUCCUAGCCCAUCUAUGGCCAGUGAAAAAGCUGAGCAGGAUUUAUUACAGCAAAUAACUCCGGAGCAGGCUGAGGAGGAGCGGAAGCGGCGCAUCCAGUUGUACGUGUUUGUGUGCCGAUGCGUCGCGUACCAGUUCAACGCGAAGCAGCCGACGGACAUGACGCGUCGGCAGGUGAAAAUCACCAAGCAGCAGCUCGAGACCAUCCAGGGCCGCUUCCAGGCGUUCAUCAAGGGCGAUACGCAGAUCAUGGCCGACGAGGCGUUCCAGAACGCCAUAGCCAACUAUUACGACAUCUUCCUCAAGUCGGAGCGCGUGCUCAAGAUGGUCCAGGCCGGCGCCUUCUCCCAACACGACUUCCGUGAGGUCUUCAAGAACAACAUCGAGAAGAGGGUCAGAUCACUUCCUGAGAUUGACGGGCUGAGCAAGGAGACUGUGUUGACCUCAUGGAUGGCCAAAUUCGACUGCAUCUUCAAAGGGGACGACGACGCAAAGCGUCCAGGUCGAAUGCAGCAACAGCUGAACAGCGAAAUGAUCCUCUCCAAGGAGCAACUUUACGACAUGUUCCAGCAGAUUUUAGGUGUCAAAAAAUUCGAGCACCAGCUUCUCUUCAAUGCUCUGCAGUUGGACUCGUCCGACGAGCAGGCGGCCGCGAUUCGACGAGAGUUGGACGGGCGCAUGCAAAAAGUGUCCGAGAUGGAGAGGAACCGGAAACUGAUGCCAAAAUUUGUGCUCAAGGAGAUGGAGUCGUUGUACAUUGAGGAGCUCAAGGGUUCCAUCAACACCCUGAUGGCUAACCUGGAGAACGUGCCCGUCUCCAAAGGAACCGCCGACUCUAAAUAUGGCCUCAAACUCAAGCGAUACAACCACAGUCGGCGGAGAAGCUCAAUUUUAAGGCAGGUAGCGCUGAACCUUCGGUCUCAAGGCUCCCUGGCCAAGUUGGAGGGCGACUCGGCCGACAGCGACACUCAGCUCACAAAGAUGGACGUCGUUCUCACGUUCCAACUUGAGGUUGUGGUGCAAGAAGUGAAGGGACUGAAGAGUCUGGCGCCCAACCGCAUCGUCUACUGCACCAUGGAGGUGGAGGGAGGCGAAAAGUACCAGACCGACCAGGCCGAGGCGUCCAAGCCCAUGUGGGACACGCAGGGCGACUUCACCACCACGCACCCGCUGCCCUCGGUCAAGGUCAAAUUGUACACCGAGAACCCCGGCAUGCUAGCCCUGGAAGACAAAGAGCUCGGCAAAGUGCUUUUGAAGCCGACGCCCGUGGCUUCGAGGGCGCCCGAGUGGCACAAAAUGAACGUGCCGAAAAACGCCGCCGACCAAGACCUGAGAAUCAAAAUCAUUUGCCGCAUGGACAAGCCGCUGAACAUGAAGCACUGCGGGAUGCUGUACGCCGUAGGAAAAACGGUGUGGAAGAAGUGGAAGCGGCGCUACUUUGUGUUGGUCCAGGUGUCACAGUACACUUUUGCCAUGUGCAGCUACAAGGAAAAAAAGACAGAGCCGUCAGAGAUGCAGCAGCUCGAUGGAUACACCGUCGACUAUAUCGAGCCAGCCAGUGCCAAUCUGAUGGUCGGAAUGGACCUUGUGGGCGGCCAGUACUUUUUCAAUGCAGUCCGUGAUGGCGACAGUGUUUUGUAUGCUUGUGAUGAUGAAAAUGAGUGCCACCUCUGGGUGAUGGCCAUGUACAGAGCCACCGGCCAGGCGCACAAACCCACCCCUCCCCUCAACCUUGCAGGGAAGAAUUCGACAAUCUCAAAAAUUCAAGGAGACACCGACAGAGCCAAAAAGCAUGGCAUGGAGGAGUACAUUUCCGCCGACCCUUGCAAACAUGACCACGCAGGAAGCUUCAAAACUCUGCAGACCUUAACCCUUGAUUACCGCCUAAAUGACCCUUAUUGUUCCUUGGGUUGGUUCAGCCCUGGCCAGAUUUUCUGUCUGGACGAAUACUGCGCGCGAUACGGCGUCAGGGGCUGUUUCCGCCACCUGUGCUACUUGAGCGACCUGCUGGACCGCGCCGAAAAGGGCGUCAUGAUCGACCCAACCCUGAUGCACUACAGCUUCGCCUUUUGCGCUAGCCACGUGCACGGCAACAGCGCCGAACUGGUCGAGGACAGUACGGCCGUGGGCAGGCCGGACGGAGUUGGAACGGUGACGCACGACGAGAAAGAGAAAUUCCAAGAUGUCAAGGAGAGACUGCGGGUGCUGCUCGAGCACCAAAUCACCAACUUCCGGUUCUGCUUUCCCUUCGGCAGACCCGAAGGCGCCCUCAAAGCCACCCUGUCAUUGCUCGAAAGGGUCUUGAUGAAGGAUAUAGUGACCCCAGUGCCGCCUGAAGAAGUGAGAGGGAUGAUCAAGAAAAGUCUGGAAACCGCCGCUCUAGUGAAUUACGAGCGCCUUUCGAAGGAAGCCAAAAUCGAUGGUGGAAACCCUGAGCAGAUUGCUUUGAAUGACGAUGGAACUGAAGUUGCGAUUCCUCCUAGCAAACGACUCGAGGAUUUGAUCCACCUAGCCGAGCUGUGUGUGGACCUCCUUCAGCAAAACGAGGAGCACUACGCCGAGUUCGGACAGGACAAAGCGUUCGCGUGGUUCAGCGACCUGCUGGUGGAGCACGCCGAGAUCUUCUGGUCGCUGUUCGCCGUGGACAUGGACCAGGUGCUGGCCGAGCAGCCGCCCGACACCUGGGACUCGUUCCCGCUCUUCCAGAUCCUCAACGACUACCUUCGCAUGGAUGACAAUCUGAAGAACGGCCGCUUCCACUCGCACCUGAGAGAAACGUUCGCGCCGCUGGUGGUGCGUUACGUGGACCUGAUGGAGUCGUCGAUCGCCCAGUCGAUCCACAAGGGUUUCGAGAAGGAGCGGAACGGCUGCGCCACCUCGGAGGACCUGUUCUGGAAGCUGGACGCACUGCAGUCGUUCAUCCGGGACCUGCACUGGCCGGACGCUGAGUUCCGCCAGCACCUGGAGCAGCGACUCAAACUCAUGGCCUGUGAUAUGAUCGACUCGUGCAUUCAAAGGACUGAGUCGUCCUUCCAGUCGUGGCUCAAGAAGGGUUUCACCCUCAACUCGACCGACUACAUCGUGGCGUCAGAGAUGUGCGGAAUGAUCAACGUCAUCCUCGACGCCAAGAAUCAGUCUUUCAAGUUGUGUGCCGUGGACGGUGUCGACGUGCACCAGUACCACACGAAAAUCGACGACCUGAUCGAGCGCACCUCUUUAGCAAUGACGCAGGGCCUGAUCAACAAGCUGGUGUCUGUUCUGGAGAACACGCUGUCGAAGCUGUCUCGCUACGACGAGGGCAGCCUGAUCGGCUCGAUCCUAAGCUUCACCCAAAAGGUCAACCUGUCCGUGAACGUGUCCGGCUCUGGCAAGGAGAUGGGACAGGCGUACGUCAGCUUCGAGCGCAACAACGUUGACCAGAUCCGCAGCAAGGUCAACGACGAACUCUGGAUUCUUAACUACUUUGAGCUGUGGUACACCGCGCAAAUCCAGUUGCUGUGCAACUGGCUGGGUGAGCGUCUGGACCACAGUUUGCACCCCUACCAGUGCACGUGCCUCUCCCAGAUCGUCAAGAAGCUGUACUCGGACUUUGAGCUGCAGGGCGUCAUCGAGGACAAGCUCAACUCAAAGACCUACCAGACGGUGUCGCAGCGAAUGCAGACCGAGGAGGCCACCUGCGCGCUCACCUCCGGUUCCUCGAGGGACUACGACGGAGCCGAGGGCUACCCCGAGACCGGCAUCGACGAUGACGGGGAGCGCGGCAAGCCCAAGGUGACGAUCCGCGAGACGCUGGGCGGCGAGGACGGCAACGUGGUGGCCAAGGUGCAGAACCUGACCACCAACGUGGUUGGGAAAAUGGGCGGUAUGCUGGGCAAGGGCCUCGGCGGCAUGGCCGGCAAGUUCGGAGGGCCCAGCAGUUGGUUUUAGUGCCUGCCUUGUACAGUUAUUACACAGUAUAAAAUUUGUUACACGGCCUUCGAGCAACACCAACGGUUGGCCCUUGUUCUGUAAAUACGCGAUCCACUGAUUGAUUGAUUAUUGAUUGCAUAUAUAUUAUAUAUAACAACUGCAUUAUUAUUAUAUUCGCUGCGAAAAAAAAUGAUAAGAUGCGUUGUUUGGUCGGGUGAUUGACGAUGAAAAAUAGAGAAAAUGAGCAGCGGUGAUUUUUCCAUAAAAAAAUUAAAAAUCGCCACGAAAAUUUCUCUUUCUCUCUCCAUCUCGGAAAAGUUUAAAAACAUCUCUUUCUAUCCUUCUCAACAACACACAGACAUAUAAACUCAUGUAUAUGAAAUCGUACCGGUGCGCCGCCCUCGACUCGUCCUCGGCGAAAUCCAAAUUCUCUCUCUCUGCUCUCACUCACUCCAGCUCAACAUUUCAUUGUUUGCCGUAAAAUAUAUUUCAUUGUUGUCGCCGUUUCUUUGUUCCUCAAGGCUGUUAAUGAGCGGAUCGGUGCUUGGACUAGAACUGUGACUAACUUAAACAAAGACGAGAAAACCACACUUGACCAAGUUAAAAAUUUAAAGGUCCUCUUCGGUUAUGGUUUGAAAAUUAUUGAAUAGUAGAAUCAAAAUGGAACAUUUUACAAAUCGUGAUAAGAACAAAAAUUGCAACGACAUUUUGCAAAUUUAACGCAGAAAAUUUCUUUAUCUCCGCCAAAUUAAAACCUCAUUCAAGAGUCUCCGAAUGGCUCCAAUUUGAGUCAAAAUUUUCAAAGAAAUUAAACUUGAAUAGAUCAAUUGGCUAUUUUAAAUUAUAGCUGCUUUUUUUGUGUGUGAAUUUUCUGCGUUUUUCUAUCAGAUUCAGUAAACAAAAAAAUCUAAACGGAGGAAUCGUUAAAUGUCCCGAUUUGAUAUCAGGGCUUUCAGAAGUUUUCAGAAAUCUAGUCUAAUAUUUUGUAGUCGCAAAUCAAUUUUACUUGGUAAGAGUUUUCUCACAAGGGGGAUGCAAUCAAAAUUAGAGUUUCAAAAAGAGUUACAAGCUGAUUAGUGACUCUAUCUUUUGCCCUCUGCCUGUGACCAAAAAUGAUCUUUGGGAGCUCCGAGGGGGGUGGAUUUGGUUAAAAAAUAAUCCACCUCCGCACGCGAGCGCGUGGGUGUUUUUUAGCUCGAGUAUAAAAUAUAAAUUUAUAUUACGCUGUUAAAUCUUCGUAGCUUCCAUGCUUGGCAGAGAAUAUUUUGUACUGAUAGGUGUCAUUUUUAAGAACCCGUGUACGUUUCAUAUCAAAAGUGUUUUUGAAAGAGGACAAAUUUGAGAACUAGUAUGAUAUAAAUAUUAUAAUAUAUCCGCCCUUUGAAUUUUUCUAUCGUAUAUAUUGAGAGUACACAUUAUACACUCUACGUGAGACUGCAUUUGACGAGGUUUGAGAAAAAAAUACGUUUUGUGUCAAAAAGGGCGAAACAACCCCCGCACUAUUCAAAAAAAUUUGAUCGCUCAAAUUCGAGCUGGAGCGCGCGCGUGUCUGUCUCUCGCUAUUAUACUGUUAGGUGUGUUGGAUUGUGUCUAGUCAUGUUUUAGCGUCCAUCUCACCAACAGCACCCUGGCGCCAGGGGACGGGUCGACACGGUCCCGGAAAAGAGCCGAGGGUAUAAUAAAAAAAAAUAAACCGCAGCACCGGCAACUUCUAUAUAAAUACAAAAAUUGUACAUAAGCUCGUUUCUCUCUGUCUGUCUAUAAAUUCUUGCAAAACACUCUCAAACACGUAAAAACAAAAAUUACGAGGUCGUUAUUUAAACAGAAAAACGCUAAGAGUACGCUGUACCAUAUUGUUAGUCCACAUAUAUCUCUCUCUCUAUUUCUCAUGGAUCUCUAGCUAACAAUAAAAGUAAAAUGAAUCAAGGAAACCGCACCUAUAUUCACCAGGAAUUUAUUUCAUUCUGUAUUUUAAAGGUUAAAGGUCCUCUUCAGGAAUGAUUUACUUCUAUUGUUCAGAAAGAAAGAAAAUUUUAAAAUUUGAAAUAGAAAAACGAAUCGCAAAGAUACAAACAGCACGUGGAUUUUUCGCAAAUUCAGAGAUGAACCUCAUCACGUUGGCUGAAGGAGGUAAACUGAAGCUUGACUGAUGUAAGCGGCGCCUACAUGUUUUGGCAACGUUUUGACCUAAAGCGAAAAGCAUACCGGCCAAAGAAAAAAAAUGUCAUCAGAGCCUCUGACAAAUGAAAGCAAUAAGUCAAUGGGAUGAGAUCAGCUGGUUUCUUUGCAAUUAUAUACAACGUCGAGAUUUUUUUUUUUUUUUUUGAGAUUUUUUUUGCAAUUCAGAAUUCAAUUUUAAUUAAAACUUUUUUUAUUUAUAAAUUUAAAUCAUCACUGGGAGGAAUCCUUUAAUUAUUUAUUUAUUUUCUGAUACUUUCCUGGCCGGUUUUCUCGAUUCGCGCACUGAGACGCACGGCGUGCAUUCAGCAGAUGUAUUCUCUGGUAGAUCAUCUCUAUCUCUCUCUCACACACACACACUCACACUGGCCGCGCGUAAUACGAGCUGUAAUAGUAAUUGGCCUCAAUUGGCCUGGCAGACGAACUACCAUUUGCACGUCAGACACAAAAGCCGAUCGCGUGACUUAAUUAUGCGUCACCCGUCGUUCAGCCGAAUGCCAUAUAUUGACGACUCUUUUGAACAAUUGGUUCGAUUCACACACACACACACACCCCUUGUAUGUAACAAGUGCGAGACGUACGAUUCAAGAAGAAGCGCCAAAGAAAUCAUGUAUAUCUCGGCAAAGACAACCCUUUUUUGUGAGCAAAAAAAUUAAACCAACAGCAAGUAAGAAGAGACACGAAGAUGAUCUUACGACGCUGUCUACGCGGCCGAUUCCAAUAACCACGUUUGAAUAAGAUUAAACAAUUAUACUUGACAGUAAAA